AUGAGUCGAUGGUCGGCUGGUUCUACACCUGGAAGUGUUAAACCAGUUUAUGGUGCAAGAUAUCCACCCCUUCAUGAGAAUAUUCCGACAAGUCCAAGUAGAUCAAUUGUUGAGCCACAACAUCGACAUACUAAAUUUCAGGAUUAUCAAAAUAGGUAGAUUAUUCGAUUUGAUUUUUAAAUAUACCAGAUUUCCGUUUUUUUUUCAUUAAAAAACAUAAAUGGUGGUCUAGGAAACCAAGUCUGAUGUUUCUAGGUUACAAAAAAUUCUGAGAAAUGUUUCCCCAAAAAAUUCCAAUAAAUAUUUUCUAGUGUCAGUGAUGCUUGGGAUACACGUGUAAAAGUUGAUGAAAGUCUGGCUUCCGCAUCGGCAGCAAAAGUGUUAGCCGCUCAUGCCGCUGGAAAGAAUCGCGAUGAAGAAAUUAUGCCACCCGUGAAUUCGGCACCCACAAAAAAUAGCAGACAACAGGCUCUUCAACGGCUGGCAAUACAGAAAGGUGAGAUUUUUUUUUUUGAAUUUUUGAAAAUCACAAAAAAUUAUCUCAAAUUUGUAAAAAUUUUCUACUCAAAAUUAAAAAAAAACACAAAAUUCGAGAAAAAUUAUUAAAAAAUUUCUUUUUGGGCAGUUCAAUAUGAAUUUGACAAAAAAUUUAUUUUCCAAUUUCUCUCACAAAAACAGUCCAUUUUUUCUUCCAGAACCUCUGCCUUCCUCAAUGUCUACAACUCCUCAAACCGGCAAUCCAAUCUAUCCAAAACUACCUGAAAUAUCCGAUCAACCAAGAUCAGCAGCUCCAGCAAUGUCUGCUCCACCACACGGAGGAGAUCGAGAUCAAACAAGAUUUGCUCGUUUGCGGCGACUUUUUUCGAAUGGAAAAUCGAGCGGAAGAAGUUCGCCACCAGUUGAUGUUGAUUUAGACAAAUUAAGAGAAGAUUGUUGGAUGGGAAUUCCGCAUAAAUUGAGACCACAAGCAUGGAGAUUAUUGUCGGUUAGUGAAAUUUGGAAAAAUAGCGGUUGAAAAACAUUCUAUGAACUGGGGAGUUCAGAAAAUGAAUUUUUAGUUUGAAAUAUUUUUAACACUUGGUUAUAUCUCAAAAAUUCAUAGAAAACUUGUAGAAAUUGCAUAUAACCCAGUUUGAAAAAUUCUAAAUUUGGAAUUUCAGAGUUUUUUAAAAUUCAUUCGAGAUUUAAAAAAUCCGCAUCAUUUUCCCAUGAAAAUUCCAAAUUAUCUCCCUAUUUCUAUUUUUUUAGGGUUAUCUUCCAACAAAUGCAGAACGUCGUGAAGUAACACUUCAAUGUAAACGUGACGAAUAUUGGCAUUAUGUCGAACAAUAUUUCCAUUCUCGUUUCGAAGACGGAAAUGCCGAAAUCUUUCGUCAAAUCAACAUUGAUAUUCCUCGAAUGUGUCCACUUAUUCCACUUUUCCAACAAAAAAUGGUGCAAGAAAUGUUCGAAAGAAUCCUUUAUAUUUGGGCAAUUCGUCAUCCCGGUUGUGGUUAUGUUCAAGGAAUCAAUGACCUAGUCACUCCAUUUUUUGUUGUAUUUCUCUCGGAAUUUAUUCCACAAGAUGUUGAAGUUGGAUCAUUUGAUGUAUCACAAUUGGAAUUGGAUCAAUGCCAAUUAAUUGAAGCUGAUUCAUUCUGGUGUGUUAGUGCACUUUUGGAUUCAAUUCAAGAUAAUUAUACAUUUGCACAACCUGGAAUUCAAAGAAAUGUUUUGAAAUUGAGACAUUUGAUGAGUCGAGUUGAUCGUAAGUGUCGAUUUUUGUGGCUAAAAAAUGUUAUCAAUUUUUGUUUCACAGGGCCACUUCAUAAACAUUUGGAAUCAAAUGGCGUCGAAUAUUUGCAAUUUUCUUUUAGAUGGAUGAAUAAUUUAUUGAUGCGCGAAAUUCCAUUGAGAGCAACUAUCAGACUCUGGGAUACUUAUUUGGUAAUUUAUCUUGAAUUUUUUUUUAUUUACUAAAAAAGAAUUAAAUUUUGCAGAGUGAACCUGUCGGAUUUUCGCAAUUCCAUAAUUAUGUUUGUGCCGCAUUUUUGAGAACAUGGUCAAAGCAGCUGCAAAAUGAGAAAGAUUUUCAGGUAAAUUUUGCGUGGGAAAAAGAUCGGGUUAUUAUUUAGCAAAAAAAAUUAGACUACACUCUAGUCUACCUUUUUUGAGGUCAUUCCAUCCCCAAUUUUGAAAAUUCAUUUUUUUUGAGUUUAGGAAAUUCAGGAUUUGAAAAAAAUUUAUUCUGCUAUCAAAAUUCUACAGUAACCCAAAAACAACAAUUUUGCAACAAAAAUGAUCUACGAUCGUUCUGUAUGUAUUGAAAAAAAAUAUCAAUUUAUUUUUUUUCGUUGAGAAAUGUGACCUUUCUCAGACAAUAACUUGAAAAAUGACUUGGUUCUACUAGAAACCAGAAAAAAAUCCAAUUUAAAACCCCUCUUUUUUUCCAGGGAAUCAUGAUAUUGUUGCAAAAUUUGCCCACACAAUCAUGGGGUGAUCGUGAAAUUUGCGAACUUACCGCCGACGCUUUUUCACUGCAAUCGGUUUUCGACGGCGCAAGUCGACAUUUAUCAGCACAAUCCGCUUCACCAUAA